AUGCCACUUGCGGGAGCCAGGGGACCUUGCCCAAGUGCAUGCUUCCACCUUGAUUCUGAGCCCAGGCCCACACCACACGCAGCCUUUACCGAAGCCAGGGGGUGGGCACGCCUCCCAGCCCUCUGGGGGGGGGGUGUCCUCCGCUGAUUCUCACUCUGCUUCCCAAAUCCUGGGCGUGUUGGGAUCUCCGUGCUGAAGCCCAGAGUUACCCAUACUUCGGCCUCUUUAGCCCCAGGAGACGUGGGAUGUCACUUAUUAGAAGCCAGAUAGUUGGAAAGUGUCUCCGCUGCCCUGUCUGGGUGGCGCUGACAAGUGCUUUGAUUGGUCCAGGCUGCAGGCCCCAGAGCCUCCUAACUUAGCCCCAAGUGCCCCGCUGUUUCGAUGCUGUGGAUGAGAAAAAAGGGGCCCCAGGAAGCACCCUUGCUCUCCCCGCGCCCAGUGGUACGGCAGGGGGCUGCCCCUGUUCUGGGCCACAAGAAUGGAGAGGCAGCCGCGCAGGGCUAAGGUCAGAGCGCAGAGACACCUGGGGAAACGGAAGUUCAGAGAGGGUGAGGCCUGGGCGCAAAUCUGGGGGCGCCACGCCGCCGCUCCCCGACCCAAGAGGAGCCGGCACUGCGGAGGAAGGAAGUGGAGGUGAGGCGAGCCAGCCCUCCUGGCCAUGGGAGGAGCCGUGGUCGAUGAGGGUCCCACGGGCGUCAAGGCCCCGGACGGGGGCUGGGGCUGGGCCGUCCUCUUCGGCUGCUUCGUCAUCACCGGCUUCUCCUACGCCUUCCCCAAGGCCGUCAGCGUCUUCUUCAAGGAGCUCAUGCACGAGUUCGGGAUCGGCUACAGCGACACGGCCUGGAUCUCCUCCAUCCUGCUUGCCAUGCUCUACGGGACAGGCCCACUGUGCAGCGUGUGUGUGAACCGCUUUGGCUGCCGCCCCGUCAUGCUGGUGGGCGGCCUCUUUGCGUCCCUGGGCAUGGUGGCCGCGUCCUUCUGCAGAAGCAUCAUCGAGGUCUACCUCACCACUGGCGUCAUCACUGGCUUGGGUUUGGCGCUCAACUUCCAGCCCUCGCUGAUCAUGCUCAACCGUUACUUCAGCAAGCGGCGGCCCAUGGCCAACGGGCUGGCGGCCGCGGGCAGCCCCGUGUUCCUGUGUGCCCUGUCCCCGCUGGGGCAGCUGCUGCAGGACCACUACGGCUGGCGGGGCGGCUUCCUCAUCCUGGGCGGCCUGCUGCUCAACUGCUGCGUGUGCGCCGCGCUCAUGCGGCCUCUGGUGGCGUCCCAGCCGGGCGGGGGGCCGGGGCCCCAGCGGUCCUCGCGGCGCCUGCUGGACCUGAGCGUCUUCCGGGACCGCGGCUUCGUGCUCUACGCGGUGGCCACCUCUAUCAUGGUGCUGGGGCUCUUCGUGCCGCCCGUGUUUGUGGUGAGCUACGCCAAAGACAUGAAGGUCCCCGACACGAAGGCUGCCUUCCUGCUCACCAUCCUGGGCUUCAUCGACAUCUUUGCGCGGCCCGCCGCCGGCUUCCUCACGGGGCUCAAGAAGGUGCGGCCCUACUCCGUCUACCUCUUCAGCUUCGCCAUGUUCUUCAACGGCUUCACCGACCUCACGGGCUCCACGGCCAGCGACUACGGCGGCCUGGUGGUCUUCUGCAUCUUCUUCGGCAUCUCCUACGGCAUGGUGGGCGCCCUGCAGUUCGAGGUGCUCAUGGCCAUCGUGGGCACCUCCAAGUUCUCCAGCGCCAUCGGCCUCGUGCUGCUGCUGGAGGCGGUGGCCGUGCUCAUCGGGCCGCCGUCGGGAGGCAAGCUCCUGGACGCAACGCACGUCUACAAGUACGUGUUCAUCCUGGCGGGCGCCGAGGUGCUCACCUCCUCCCUGGUGCUGCUGCUGGGCAACUGCUUCUGCAUCAGGAAGAGGCCCGGGGAGCCCCGGCCGGAGGCAGCCGCUGAGGAAGAGAAGCUCCACAGGCCCCCCGCGGACUCGGGGGUGGACUCUCGGGAGGUGGAGCACUUCCUGAAAGCCGAGCCAGAGAGGAACGGGGAGGUCGUGCACACCCCGGAAACGAGUGUGUGAGGGCCGGGCAGGCUGGCUGGGCGCAGGGAACAGGUACAGAGACUGGCAACGCUCGUAUUUAUUUCACAAACAGGACUAGCUUAGGCGGGGCCCUCGCUCGGCUCCGGGGCCUGGUCGGCGGGUCGUCACCUGAGCAGUGUUUUGCAGGGGGAGGUGGUGGAGGGGAACUGUGCAUUCCAAAGCCGAUCUGUGGUGAAGCCAAGCCUCGAGGUUAUGAGCCGUCUGCACCAGGGGCCCAGCCUGCUGCCCCCAGCCCUGAGCCCGCUGUGCUCAAGGACCUAGAAACCCACGCUUCGGAGACAACACGACUUUAAUCAGAGGGCAGGGCAGGGACAGGCUGGCAGGUGGGCGCUGCCCUGGGGCCCCUGUCCUGCACUCCCGGGCUCUGCAGUGCUGCCCCAUGCCCUCCUCCCAGCACCCACCAGAGGAAGGUGCGAAGUAAACCCGUGUGGGAGGAGGCCCAGGAGGAGCCCUUUCCUACAAGUGUGUGGAGCUGUGUUUUCUGUGGUCUGUUUGCCCCGAAUAUCAUUUCUGUUAAGAAGUGA